ACCUCUAAGCUUGAGUGCCGCCGCCAUUACUCAAGAAGAAGAAAAAGAAGAAGUAAGGCUUUGACAUCGUACUCGUACACGUGCUGGCCAUGCCUUACGGAUUUUGGUGGAAAACAACAACAAACUGGACGUUUUUGUUAUUUGUGUGCCAUUUCGGAGUUGAUAAAAUGUCACGAUAAUAUGAAGAAAAGAAAACCCGUUUAUAGGAUAUAGUUUUUGUUAAGUCUGAUCAGCAACAUGCACAAUCUAUGGGACAAUCCUCCAUAUGUUUUGUGUUGAACUUUUUUUUAUUUAAAAAAAAUGGAUUACCAGUUUCCCCAGCAGCUUUUUUCUUCAUACUACAACUGUGGACCACCGGACUUGACGCUGAAACAUUGUGCUGGAAAUUGGGGCAGCUACGAUCGUGUCAGACUUCAGGGCAGUUCUGCAACUCCCAGCAACUGGACUUUCACAUCCAGACAUCAGGUUCGAGGGGAGGUAUGGUGUCACACAGAGCCAAUACCAGUUCCGCUCUUCAACCCCAAAAAAUCCUUCCUUUGGUCUUCAUAUCCUCCGGAUCCGCUGGACUUCACGGAGCAUAUGCAGAACUUCUUCUUUGAUCAUUGCCAAGACGCUUUUGGGUGCAUGAGUGAAAUUCUGGGGAAAGAUUUGUAUUCCAAGAAGGGAAUGCAAAAGUGUCAACCAAGACAUGCCGUAAACACAGGGAAGAUAAAGCGCUUCAUCGACAUGCUGGAUUUUCCAAUAUGCCACCAGACGUAUUCCUCCACAGCAGUGCAGGCGUACAGUGCCCUGCUGUCAGACGUCUUGCCAAAUGUGCCAUCAGAGCUACUGGGCUCUCUGUUGUAUGAGGAGCUGACCAAGCAGAGGGACAGUCUGCUUUUUUCCGAAGAGGCCACAGGGGGCGCUCUUGACUUUAUUCCCUUUUGUGAGAGCGGAAACUCUCAGCGGGGCUGUCUCAUCUACCCUGGAAACCAAGGACUAGACCGCCUCAACUUCCACACGGUGGCCCUGGAGCACCAUGGAGACAAAGGUGUCUCUAUGAACUCCAGCAUUAGCAAACCAUUCAGCUUCCAACUGAAAGGACCAAUCAGACAGAUCAGCUCUGCAUCUUUGUUCAACGAUUGUUGUGUGGCGGUGAGGUCUGAUCACCUGUAUGGCGUUUGGAAAUGCAGCGAGCAAGAGGAACCGCGUUUGCUGCAAGUCAUUAAGAGCAGAGAGGCUGCUACCUGUGUCAGUGUCAGUCCUCACGUUUUAGGUGAAGUUCUGGUAGCGAGUGAAAGUGGAACAGCAAGUUUGUGGACUGUUGGGAAAGGGAUCCAGAAAGUUCGUGAAGAUGACAGCAACCUUUACUUCAAUGCCAAAUCGUCAUGGCGAUGGUGUGAGUUCUCUGCUCACCCUCGAGUCAUGUUGUACGCUGACAGGACUGGUGCUGAACUCUGCGAUAUCAGGGUGAGCCCAGCCUCCAAUCAUACUCUGUUUCGCAUCGGCAAAACCACAGAAUGUCGCAGUGGGGAGAGGCUCAUCUUAAGUAAAUACCUGGGAGACACCCACUCCUUUCACCAUCUCUUCACAACCCAGUACUCGGCCUAUAUCAUGGAUGAGCGGUUCCCUAGCCUGCCCAUGCUAAAGAUGGAUCACAUGAUGGAGUUUCCACCCAUGUUUUGUCAUAUCCUUCCUUGUGUAUCCUCAUCUGCUCCAACCGGAACCACAAAGAUCCUUCUGUCCUCCCAAAGUUCUCAGGAAAUCACAAUGCUACAGUACUCAGGAGGAAGAGCAGAUCCAUGCGUAAGUCUUGGCCCUCCUCAAGCUCUACUAAGGCCUUGUGAUAGCCUCAAACACCUUCCUGUCCAGAUCCCGCACCGCCUGGACACAACAACUAACAGGCUGUCUUCACCUGCAGCAGGUCUGACAUGUAUCCAGAAGAUUAACUGCAUUGGUGGACGUAGAAAGGAUUGCUUCUGUGUGCUUCAGCUGACGGUGGCAGGGGAUAUUUUCUACCAGACCCUUGAACCUGAGGGGUCAGAGACCUCUUCACCCCCAGCUAAGGAAGAUGAACCCCAGCCUCAACAAACUGCCAAAAUCUUACCUCAAUGUUUGGCACAGACUGACUCUCAGUUGUUUGUGCCUGAAACAUCCAGUGAUGAGGACAUGAUUGGGCCAACUCAGGGUACACCUCUUCAUACAUUCAUUGAUGAAAUACCACAGUGGAAAUUACAAGAUUAUGCUUCUUCUGAAACUGGUUCAGAGGAGUUUCAGACACGAGGGAAAGGACCAAACCUAAAGAAGUUGAACCUCCAGGUGCUUGUCAAUGAUGACCCAGUGCAGGAUCAUGGACUAGAUACAGAUGGUGAGGAUGGGAAGGAGACAAACAAUAAAGCUGAUGAUCCACAGCAGCCAGACGGGAGUCAAGAGAGAACCAGUACCUUGACUUCUACUUUUUCACCUACACAGCAGACUGCAGUAAAGCUCAGUGAGUCUGCUGUCUCCGUGUGGAAACACUGGCUCCAAAAACUAACGCACCUUAGCCUCAAAAAGAAGCCGCGCUUGCAUCAUCUCACAUUGAACUCAGGUGGCCUCCUCUGCCUGUCUCGUGACAAAAUGAAAGGGUUAUCAGAAGAGGAGCAUGUCAAGAGCAUGAGAAACCAAAUGAGAGUUUGCAUGUCAAACCAUUCACUGUUAGUGAGAAGUGAUGACUCUGCGGAUAUAGUGCCAAUUCCAGACCAGGUAGACACAUCAUCUUGGAUGGAUCCACUUAGUCAACGUCUGACAGCCUCCUGGCAGGGCGAGGAACUAUGGCGAGCUUGGUGGCAUGAUCGGUUGGGCCUGAACAAGGACGAGAAGAUGGAUGCUCUCAGGAGAAAGAGGAGGAGGGAGAGAGAUGUAAGAAGGUCAGCUGGACGACCACUCAGCCUCACCGGAAGUUUCACUUCAUCCGUCAGCUACCAGUCAGGGAUGGACAGUUUCUCUGACUUCACGGGCUGGUCUUCUGCAGCGAGCCAGGGGGCGUGGUCGGAUACAGAAAGGGUUGAGUCGUUAUCGCAGUCGGGGGACUUGGUGGAGAGCGGAAGGCCAAGAGCUCAGACCACUAUGCUCACAGGAUCCACGUUCUCUACGCCAACCACCACUCCUCGAUAUGAAAAAGAUACUCAAGAUGGUAUGUGUGUGUCCAGCACAAUCAAAGCCAAGACACUCGCCACUGAGUUCACGCAAUCUGGAUUUCCUACACCAACCACGUUUAGCAACUCAGAAGUCCUCACCCAGUCAAAAACUACCCAACUUGAGUCCACACCAUCCAGUCAGAGGAGGAGAAAACGCCGUGCAGAUGACUACCUCGCCUCUCUGUUUGGAUCACAGGAUGGUCCCUCUCAGCAUGACAACUACUUCCUAGAUGAAAGUGGCCAGGAGCAGGACUCACGUCCACCUAUGACCUACUCAUCUCAGCUCCACAGUUCCCAGUCUAUGUCCAUCUCACAGAAUUCACUGCGGCGGCCGGGGUCGCAGUUGUCACAACCGAAGAAGAAGAAGUGGCAGAUGGGAUUUUGAUGUUGUCCACCGAACGGAUCAAAGUACAGCCCUGGCAUUUUCAGGGAAUGUUUUAAUAGAAAAAGUUGGAUCAUGUUCAGUUUGACAAAGGACAAACAAGUCUUCAUGGAUGCUCAUUUUGACUGCUGACCUCAAGACAUGCGACUCUAAAUAUUCAAUGAAGGAUCUAAAUAUGCAAUCAGCGAGGAUUUUAUUUUUUAUUUUUUUAAAUGAACAUAUGACACAAGUGGAUUUCUUCUGGGAGAACAAUCAAUCAUGUUUGAGCUUGAGAUCAUCACAUGGUGGAAGAGGACCGAGUGCUGCAGUUUGGUGUCUCUGGAUGUGAUGAGCUAUUUCCAUCAUGUCCUCCGAGUGAAAGGCCUCGAUCUCCAGUCUCAAGAGAGCGAAUGCUAGAACGGAGGGCUGGAUGGACAAAACAAAUAACAUGUCCUCAAAGUGCUGUAUUCACGAUGACAAUUUAACCCUGGCAUGAAUUCCUACCUUGGCUUUGGAGAAGGAUAUGCGACACAGACAGGCUUUAAGCUGAGCUUCUAGCUUCUCCAAGCUCAGAGUCUCCUUCCUGUUCACACGGACACACAAAUGUCAGUCCAGUUUUUUCAAGCUGAAGCCAUGAUCACAACAGGAAAUGUAUUUUGUUUCCUACAUGUAUAUGCAGACCACGUGAAAUUGCUGAUGGAAAUUGUAUUUAAUGUCACGAGGUAACAACGUAGCUAACACGUAUUAGUUAUGUUUGUUGUCCCUUAUAAUAGCGAUUUGGCAAAGUUUAGCUUAUAACACAUUGGCACAUUUGUCUGCCAAUGUGUAUGUGUGUAUAAAUUAUAUGUACACAUUAGAGAUGUCCGAUAAUAUCGGCCUGCCAAUAUUAUCGACCGAUAAAUGCUUUAAAAUGUAAUAUCGGAAAUUAUCGAUAUCGGUUUUAACCUCCCGAUAGACUCCCGAAUUUCAGAAUUACCGUAAAUCUCCCAGGGCAACCAUUCUUCCGAUUUCCACCCUGACAACAUUAUUGGGGGCAUGCCUUAAAGGCACUGCCUUUAGCGUCCUCUACAAUCUGUCGUCACAUCCGCUUAUCCUCCAUACAAACAGCGUGCCGGCCCAGUCACGUAAUACAUGCGGCUUUUACACACACACACACACACACACACACACACACACACACACACACACACACACACACACACACACACACACACACACACACACACACACACACACACACACACACACACAAACACACACACAAGUGAAUGCCAGGCAUACUUCAUCAACAGCCAUACAGGUCACACUGAGGGUGGUCGUAUAAACAACUUUAACACUGUUACAAAUAUGCGCCACACUGUGAACCCACACCAAACAAGAAUGACAAACACAUUUCGGGAGAACAUCCGCACCGUAACACAACAGAACAAAUACCCAGAACCCCCUUGCAGCACUAACUCUUUCGACAUAAAAGUGACAAUAUAUCAUAUUGUAGGUGUUUUUUUUAUACACAUUGCAUUCAUAUUUUGCUGUUUUUCACAUUUUUGUUGUGUUUUGCUUGAUUGUAAAAGAGACAACUAUCGAGGAGCUGGUCUGAGAAGUAAAAGAGGAGCAGCGUUCAUAUGUUGUUAAUAUUCAGUGUUUUAUUGUUCAUAGUUAAUAUUGUAAAUCCCACUUUAUUUUAAUGUACAUUUUGGGUCUCCCAUUAAGUAAAAAACUGUAUAACACCAUUACGUUUUUUUGUCAUAACUUUUUUAGAACUCUAUCGGACAUUGUGACUUUUGGUAUUAGUGUUCCUGAAAAAAAGGGACCCAAACACACAUACAGAUUACUAGAGAUGUCCAAUAAUGGCUUUUUUGCCCAUAUUCCGAUAUUGUCCAACUCUUAAUUACCGAUUCCGAUAUCAACCGAUACCGAUAUAUACAGUCGUGGUUUGGUGGUAGCGGGGGUGUAUAUUGUAGCGUCCCGGAAGAGUUAGUGCUGCAAGGGGUUCUGGGUAUUUGUUCUGUUGUGUUUAUGUUGUGUUACGGUGCGGAUGUUCUCCCGAAAUGUGUUUGUCAUUCUUUUUUGGUGUGGGUUCACUGUGUGGCGCAUAUUUGACAUCUCUAAUUACAAACAAGUGUUUGAUUGAAACAAAGUCAAUAUUACACAACAACUAAAGAGUUCAAACUACUAUCUGUUAGGAAUGUUAAUAAUUUUGCAACAACUCAUUAUUCAAUUCGAGUCCGAUUCCUGGGAUGACAUUUCUAUUCAGAAUCGAUUCAACACAAUUCUUAAUUGAAACAGACUCUCGCAAUAAAAAUGAUUUGGUAUAGAAAUGAUGAUAAAACAUUUUCAAAACAAGCUCCUUUUGGCUGUACAACAUAUGAACAGAGAGUAAGCGCGGAACUGGCCUAAAAAUAUAUUUAAAAAAAAUGUUUAAUCCAUUCAGAAUGCUGUUGAUUGUGUUUACUUGGUUUAUUAACUUAGGGUAGCGGCUCCAUACUGUAUGGACAUAUUUAGCUGCUGGCUGCAUUGUUUUUUUCCACGGAAAUCGGCUGAUACUGAUUGGUGGCCGAUAAGAUAGCCGCAUAGUUGAAAAUGUUACAGUUUUGAGCGGUUGACACACAGUAGCCCACGCAAAUAUUCAGCAAAGCCCACAUUGAUCAUAACUGGUUAUGCAAGUUCAAGCAGCCGUAAGCAACAAAUCUUAUCAGCCCACUUCAGCCAGACGCAGCUGUCUGAUAGUUUGGCUGCCGGCCCAAAACGGCGUACACAAACAAACCCAGAGUGCGGUGGAAAAGCACCAGCGAGCACAAAAACAAAGAGAUUGUGUACAAGCUGGCUGCAAAAAAAACAUUGACUGACUUGAGUUUGCAGAUGACAUGUCUGCCACAAUUAAGCCCGAAAAGUAUGUUAAAAAUGUAAAUGCUUCCUUGUUUCAUUUUUACAAAUCACAUUAAUGAGUGUUUACUUUCUGUUUGUUUUAGGGCUAAUUGAGGGUUAGCUCAUUGUGGUUAGUGUGGGGUGGUGCUUGUUGUUUUCAUAUAUUUCCUCAUGACUUGUGUGUGUGUAGUGACUCCCAAGGUGUGUCUGCUUCUUUUAUUUCAGAUGUGUCACCGUUUCAAGCUUUCUCUAACCAAGAAAAACAAGCUAAAUGUAUGUGUUGCGGAGUGGCGGCCAUUCUCACCGGUGUGUGGAGUGGGACACGGUGAUCUGAUGGUACAACUGCAGGAAGGUUAAGGCAGUAACGGAUUUGGACUUGAAGUCCAGCUUCUCGGCGAUGAUCUUCUCCAUGCGUCCGAGGUCGGACACGGUGAACCUGCACUGUCCGAUGCGGAUGAGCUCGCCCGUGGGCGCGAGGUUGCGCUCCUCCUCCGUCACUUUUGCCGCCAUGUGGAGGCAGCUGAGGCUGACGCAGGACAAGUGUUUUGGUUGGAUCUGGAAUAGGACGACAUUUUAUUCAGUUAUUAAACAUCAAGGUGGGGGGGUUUUGACAGCAGAAAUAUAAAUUGAAGCUUAGCGUACCCUCAUCAUGGCUAAGAAUCUGUCCAGCAGGUUUACAGCCAGGACGAAGGUAUGUGUGGUGUAGCCAAAGAAGCUGGUCAGGCUCCACAGGUCUUCCACUUUGGCAUCUCUGCACUUGGCUGAGAUUCGUCCAUCGUUCUAGGGAAGAAAAAAAAAACACCAAUUAUUAGAGAUGUUCGAUAAUGGCUUUUUUGCCGAUAUCCGAUAUCGUCCAACUCUUGAUUACCGAUUCCGAUAUCAACCGAUACCGAUAUAUACAGUCAUGGAAUUAACACAUUAUUGUGCCUGAUUUUGUUGUGAUGCCCCGCUGGAUGCAUUAAACAAUGUAACAAGGUUUUCCAAAAUAAAUCAACUCAAGUUAUGGGGAAAAAAUGCCAACAUGGCACUGCCAUAUUUAUUAUUGAAGUCACAAAGUGUAUUAUUUUUUUUAACAUGCCUCAAAAC